UGUGCAGCCUGCUUGUCCUGUAGCUGCUUCAGGGGAGCUGGCAAAGUGGCCGUUGGACUUGCCCUGGAGCCAUGGCAAAGAGUGGACUUGUAAUUUACGUCCUGGUUAUCACCUUACUCCUGGACCAGACCACCAGCCACACAUCCAAGUUCAAAACCAGGAAGCACAGCAAACGCCGAGUGAAAGAAAAGGAUGGAGACCUAAAGACUCAAGUUGAAAAGCUCUGGAGAGAAGUGAAUGCACUGAAGGAAAUGCAGGCUCUGCAGACAGUCUGUCUCCGGGGCACAAAAGUUCACAAGAAAUGCCUCCUUGCUUCAGAAGGCUUGAAACACUUCCAUGAAGCCAACGAAGACUGUAUUUCCAAGGGAGGGACUCUGGUUAUCCCCAGAAACUCGGAUGAAAUCAAUGCUCUUCGAGACUAUGGUAAAAGGAGCCUGCCAGGUGUCAAUGACUUUUGGCUGGGCAUCAAUGACUUGGUCACGGAAGGCAAGUUUGUUGAUGUCAAUGGAAUUGCCAUCUCCUUCCUCAACUGGGACCGAGCACAGCCUAAUGGUGGCAAGCGGGAAAACUGUGCCCUGUUCUCCCAGUCAGCUCAGGGCAAAUGGAGUGACGAGGUCUGUCGUAGCAGCAAGAGGUACAUAUGCGAGUUUAUCAUCCCUUAAUAGAUCCUUCUCAAAUGCAUCUUCCAGGCUAGUGAGGUCAUGAUUUAUAGGCUAAUGGUUCCCAAGAGUAAAUCCAAUUGUCCAUAGGAAUACAAGAGUCAGACAAUUUUGCUACCAUAGUUCAUGGUGACUUUUCCCUCCAGAGGGCAUGGGGGAUCAGAAAAUGAUGAUCCAGCUACAUCCACACACUGUUAAAGUGGCUUCUGCAAAGUGGGCUGUGAAACCUUUCUUUCCUAGUCCCUCUCACUGAUACAGAGCAGGUCUGUUAUAAAAAUACAAUAGCCAGAAAAGCAAGCUAUUCUCAAAAGUUUAGCAUAUAUUUUAUUAAUGAAAAUUCUCUAAUCAGACAUUCUAGGUAUUAUAUAAUCCAAAAACAUUUUAGUCUGGUGCUCAAUCUGUUCCAUUCUGGCCACAGAACCUUGUUAACCCAUUAUUCUUUCUUUGAGUUCCUGCAUCUCCUGAUGGAAAUUGUAUCGUGUUUGCCAUGUCAGAACAUGAAUGUCUCAGAUUCCCACUAAGUCUUUUUGUUUCAAAACCCCUUCCCCAUGCACACACCUUUUUUGGGGGGAGGCUAAAGUUCUCAAAUAAGAUCUGAAAGAAAAUGAUAAAGCAGCAUAUCUGUCAAUCUUCCCCUUUCAGCAUUGCAUUACAAUUUCCAGUUUGAACCAGUAACCCUAAGACAGAACAGGAGCAGUAGAUUGUAUGAGAAAAUAGAAAAAGAAAAAUGUCUUCUCUUUCCUUGCUUUAGCCUCCUACUAUUCUUUAUGAAAUUGAGGGUGGACAUAAUGUUAGUUUCUUUUUUUACAUACUUUAUAUUUUAGUAAUCAUAUAUUUAAGUCUAUUAGGAGCAGCCUAUCUUUGGAGGUUGAAAACUAGAUUUAAAUAAAACUAUUUUGAAGUCACAUAUCUAUGCAAUUUUUAAAAUUCUGCAAAAUAUUAUUUCCAUUAAAUUGUUUUACUAUAUUGUAUAAAAUAAUUUCCAUGCUUACUAGGAAAUUACAAAUUUAGGCUUGAGAAAAAUGGGCUUUUUAAUUGUAAAUAAUUUUUAAGUAAAUUUUGUUCUUCAAAUGUCAUUUUUUUCUUUAAAUAUUGACUGUAUUUGGUGAACAAUAUGCUUCUCUGCAAUCUUUAACUACAGGUGCUUGGAAUCAAGUUUUGGUUAUUUCCACUGUACAGUAAUAAAUCCUGAAUUCUGAU